AUGGCCAACCGACUGGCGCACUCGCAUGCCACCGGCCUCUGGCGCUCGACCACGCUGUGCUGUAGCUCGACCACCGCGGCCGCCUCCUCGGUCGGCGCAGCUCGCCUCGCCGUCGGAUCCGCUGCCUCGCCCCUCCGACGUCGGACCCUGUUCGGCUUUGGCUCAGCUAAACCCAAGUCACCUCCACCGGCCCCACCUCGUCCCCUCUUGGCGCAGGACGACCUCUUCCACCCGCUCAGCCGUUCGCCGUUCGCCGAGAUGCGCGCAAAGGGCGAGCGCAUCAAGCAACUCGCCUACUGCCCUGCCUCCCUCGACCUCCACGGCGAGAAGGUCCAUGUCGCGUACGAGUGCCCCGAGUGCGGCUUCCCGACCCAUGCCAGUCGUGAGCGGUACGAUCAAGACACGGAGAAGGCGCGCUACUGGCCGAGGCUCAGGGAAGCGAACGAGGACGAGCAUGAUCUGCGCAGUGGGCGUGAGAUGACCGAGUUCAACCUGCCAGGUCAGUUGUAGUUGCGGCAGAAAUCGUAGAGCGAACCAUGCCCCUCUUCUCAUGCAUGUGUAGCUCUACGACCCCUCCCCCAUAGGCGAGCAAGCCUACGAAGAGGCCGUCUCGAUGGGCAACUGGGACGUCUUCCUCUACACCCGCGGAUUCCCCUCCAUCGACACCGAGAGGUCGAGAAGACACGUGUCCAAACUGCUCACGUACCCGCUCUCGAUCGGGUCGGUGCUGCAUGAGAGCAGCCCGUAUACACUUCGCAACCAGCGUCUUCUUCCCGAAGGACUGCGAUCCCUCUUUGGUCAGUCCGAAGCGAAGCGACUUUCACCGCUCUCUAGCCAGCCGUGCUGACCGUCCGCUACCUCUUGUCCUUUUCACCUUAUAGCCCUUCGGCAAUCUUUACAUCCUUCCGCAUCAUCUGCGAACGCAAAGGGCGGCGCCCCUCCCGUCCCGAUCCGAAUCUUUGUGCUCGGCGCCCGAGCCGAAUCCUCCCUCCCUUCGCAUGUCCUCGGUCAACUAUCGCACCUGUUCCCUCGCAUCCCACUACACGUCUACUUCAUCGGACCCGAAGCGCACAUCCCCGCCAAGUCACCCAACACGGACCCGACCAAAGUCUACGGCGUGCCGUCCUACACGCGCAUCGAUUCUGAAUACCUCUCCGUGACGAACCUCCGAGCGCCGUAUGACGAAGUGCACGACCUCUUGGGACCUUUCGAUCCUUACCUCGACGUCUUCUUCUCCUUCUCACCCGGUUUCGGCUUCCCGGAUGAACAAGACCCUACGAGGACCCAACUCGAGACCAACUGGUCAAGUUCGAUCCUCUCGAUCCUCGAAACCAAAUGCGCCCUCUUCUGCACCGGGUUCAGUCCCGCCGACGUGGAGAGGGACGUCGUCGCUCUUGAUAAAGCGGAGGGUAUCAAGGGCGAAUUCGAUUGGUUGUUGACGCCGGGGGAGAACGUAUUUGGGAGUGAGAAGUGGGAAGUCGCCGAAUUCGAUCCGAGGGUAGCGGUCAAGACCAAUUGGGGGAUUUGGGGGAUUCGGUUAGUCGAGAUGCUCUCUGUGUUGAUCCGAAGUGGGACUUGAUCACUAAUCUGACUCGUUCCUUUCGAUCCUCCCUCGGCACAGAGGAAAGCGAUAUGAAGUCAAGCAAGAUCGGAGCGAGGAGUGA